AUGGCCUUCCUCGGCGGGCCAGAGUGCAGUACGGGCUCGAACCCCCUUGCACAGUUUCAGAAGCAGACCUCCGCAGACACCUCGCUGCAACGCGACCGUCUGACUUCACGGACACCUCAACAACUCAACGGCUUCCGCAGCGGCCAACAGAUACCAGACGAUGCCGCCUUCCAAGACUUCGCCCAGCAGGGCCCUCACAUGGGUGAGAUGCUGCCGAACGAGGCUUUUCACCUGGAACAGAUGAGACGGGAGGCGGAGAAGUUCGAUCGAGCUGGCGGCGGAGGAGGAAAUAAUGGAAACUGGGCUGGCGAGUUCGCUCAACAAGGACCACACUUUGCGCCUGAGGAGUUUGCACAACAGCAGAGAGGGGGAGCAUUUACACCACAAGAUUUCGCGCAGUUUCGGCAAGCACAGAUGAGCGGGCCUCAGAGGACAUCGAGUCCGACGUUCUCGCAGCAUUCGGGUUAUCGAUCACCGAUGUAUGGCUCUAACUUUGGCAUGCAGAGGCCUAUGAUGGGCUUUCAAUCGGGCAUGUACAACAACAACUUUCCACAACAGCAGUAUGAGGGGAAGGGCAAAGGACGAGUGCAAGAGCUGAGCGAUACCGACUGGGAGAAGCAGUUUGAAGAGUUGUCAACUCAAGAUAAAGAGGCCGACCAGCUUGACAAGGAUGCUGAGGAGGCUGUUGAGAGGGAGCUGAAUCAAUUGGACAGGGACAUGCUGGCUGAUGAAGAGCUCGAGAACCAUUUUGGCGACGAGUUCGAUCAAUGGAAAGACUUCGAUGGACUUAACCACAACUUUGACAGUUUCCGGAAUGAGUUCGGCGAUUACAACACCGCGCCCAACCUUGGGAACUACAUGUUCGAGGAGAACAACCUCUUCAAGGAUAUGCCGAAUGCUUUUGAAGAGGGUAUGAAGAUUAUGCGAGAGGGCGGCAACCUGAGUCUGGCGGCGCUGGCGUUUGAGGCUGCGGUACAGAAGCAGGAGGAUCUCGCAGAGGCGUGGGUCGCUUUGGGUCAGGCUCAAGCACAGAAUGAGAAGGAGUCGCCUGCUAUUCGAGCGUUGGAGCAAGCUAUUAAGUUGGACCCCAGCAAUUUGGAAGCUCUCAUGGGUCUUGCUGUGUCUUAUACAAACGAGGGCUACGAUUCACUCGCUUACCGCACGCUGGAACGAUGGGUUGCGGCCAAGUAUCCUCAGCUUGGUGUUACGCCUCGGGGUCUGGAUGAAGAGGAAGAAAUGGGCUUUACGGAUCGUCACAUUCUGCACGAAAAGGUGACGAACUACUUCCUGGAAGCUGCACAACUUAACCCCGAAGGCGGAGACGUUGAUGUCGACGUCCAAGUCGGAUUGGGAGUUCUCUUUUACGGCAGCGAGGACUACGACAAAGCUGUUGACUGUUUUACCGCAGCGCUGAAUAGUCAUCAACAUGGCACUAUGAAGCGGGAAGGCGAGGAGCAUCUCCUGUGGAACAGACUAGGAGCUACGCUGGCCAACAGUUCUCGCUCUGAGGAAGCCAUUGAAGCAUACUCUCGCGCCCUCGAACUUCGCCCCAACUUCGUCCGAGCACGCUACAACCUUGGCGUAUCUUGCAUCAAUCUGGGCGUUCUCGAAGAAGCUGCCGGCCAUCUCUUAGGCGCCCUCUCCAUGCAUAAGGUGCUGGAGCAGGAAGGCAAAGCCAAGGCGGCCGAGCUUCUCAAGGAUGGACACGGCAACGAUGUGGACGAGAGGGCGGUCGAUCAAGUCCUUCAGCAGAAUCAGAGCACCAACCUGUACGAUACCCUGCGGCGGGUGUUCACGCAAAUGGGUCGGAGGGAUCUCUCGAACAUGGUGGGCCCGGAUAUGAAUCUGGACGCUAUGAGAGGGGAGUUUGACUUUUAG